AUGGAAACGGACGGUGGCCGGUGGACGGUAUUCCAGCGUAGACAAGAUGGAUCUGUUGACUUCUCUCUUUACUGGUCCGUGUACAAAAACGGUUUUGGAAACGUUUCCUCCGAGCACUGGCUCGGUAACGACAACAUCCACCGUCUUUCCCGUAAUAAGACCUACGAGCUACGGAUCGACCUCAAAGACUUCGAUGGACAAACGCGCUAUGCUACCUACAGCAAUUUCAGUAUCGCGGACGAGGUCGCAAAGUACAUCCUGUCCCUUGGCAGCUACUCCGGAGACGCAGGUGACAGUAUGUCGUAUCAUGCGGAUAAUCCGUUCAGUACACUGGACCGCGAUCAUGAUGGUUCUGGGGGAAACUGCGCCGACAAGUACAAAGGAGGCUGGUGGUACAAUAUCUGCCAUCGUGCUAACCUCAACGGCCAAUACCUGAAUGGUCUAACAGGGACGUACGCCAAGGGUGUGGUCUGGGUUGAAUGGCGCGAUAAUACAUACUCCCUCAAGAAGACGGAGAUGAAGCUUCGCCCGACGUAAAUAACGAACGCCUGUCAUAAAGGUGCCGGUUUACCGCGGCGUUUUGUAGAACACACCUUAGAGCACCCUCUUUUUUUUGUUUUUUAUCUUAUCAAAAAUAGACUCUCAGCUUUUUUUCCCUUUGAUAAAGACAACACCCUCAAAACAGUGUUACUUUUUUUAGUAUCGGUUUAACAUGAAGGGAGUGAUGCCGCGUUGCUGUAAUAAGUGUUCACAAAUAUUCACUUAAAGAGAUAAUAAUCCUACAUUUUCUAGGGUUAUUCGGGGAAUAAGUGCUGUAAUGCUUUUUACGUCUGUUUGAAAUAAGGAAACUUCCAUUAGAUUAAUUGCUUAAUGUUGUCUGGCAUUAUUUAAUUGUUUUCCACAAGAAUUUUAGCAACAAAAAAAUUCAGUGAAUUAUAUCCAUGUAUUUAGGAAAGAAGCAGAAAUAGAGAAAACUACAAAUAUUGUAUUUUUUCCUUUGCACCUUGUAAAUACAUAUGUUAUGAAUAUUGAACUGACGUGUUUAACAAAUUUUAUCAUUACUCAUAUUGUUAUUAGUAUUAUUAUUACCAUCAUUAAUGUAUUGCAGAAAACGUACUUCAAAGAAGAACCUAUAUGUCGGAAAUGUUUUAGAUAGAUAUUUUACGAACACAGUUCUUGCAUUCCUGCAUAUAAAGUAACA